AUGGGGCUCCAGCCUACCUUUCCAGUACAUUGUGGUUUAGGAUUUGGAUUAUUGGCCUCUACAGGGUCUACUGCUGUACCCACUGGAUCACUGGCCUCAAGCUUCAAUCAGGGACCUGCAGUGGCUUUUGGCUCUACACUCUCAGGCUUGAUACCAGAGAUUCCUGCUGCCACCACCACUUCUGGGUCUACACUGCUCCUAGCAAACUCCUCCCUUCCACUGUCUUCUACCCUAAGCAUUUCAGCUGGGUCUCCAUCCACUUUGGUUGGAGCACCUGGUCUUGGAGUGCCAGGAUUUGGAUUAAAAUUUCCUGGAUCAACAAAUACAUCUACUUUCACUACCACUACUAUGACUUCCACUUCCACUUCCAGCUUUGCUUUGAAUCUGAAGCCACCAACAACACUGGGCAGUGGCAUCAUCCCUUCUACUAGUGCUACUUUGCCCUCUGCUACCACAACUCCAAGGCCCACAAUGGAUCAGGAGAUUCCCCCAAGCUCUGUGAUGACUUAUGCUCAGCUGGAAAGUUUGAUCAAUAAAUGGAGUCUGGAAUUGGAGGAUCAGGAGAAACACUUCCUUCACCAGGCCACCCAGGUGAAUGCUUGGGACCAGACAUUAAUUGAGAAUGGGGAGAAGAUUACGUCUCUACACAGAGAAGUAGAGAAAGUGAAGCUGGACCAGAAGAGGCUGGAUCAAGAACUGGACUUUAUCCUGUCCCAGCAGAAGGAGCUGGAAGACCUGCUGGCCCCUCUGGAAGAGGCUGUGAAGGAGCAGAGUGGGACCGUCUAUCUGCAGCAUGCCGAUGAGGAGCGGGAGAAAACUUAUAAACUUGCAGAGACUAUUGACGCUCAGCUGAAGUGCAUGGCCCAGGACCUCAAGGACAUCAUCGGGCACCUGAAUGUGUCUGGAGGGUCUCCCGACACCAGUGACCCACUACAGCAGAUCUGUAAGAUUUUGAAUGCACAUAUGGACUCGCUUCAGUGGAUUGAUCAAAAUUCAGCCCUGUUGCAGCGGAAAGUAGAAGAGGUAUCAAAGGUUUGUGAGAAUCGGCGCAAGGAACAGGAACCCAGCCACCAGACCGUCUUUGACUAAAUGGCCUGAGAAGUCUUGGAUAGUGUCAUUAUGUUGUUCGUUACCUAUCCAUUGUAUAAAAGGUCUUAGGCUCUAAGUUGAGUAAAACAUACAAUUAUUAUCUGUUGCAGUUCAUUUACAUUAGAGAAAAGUUUUAGGGUAUUUUUCCAUUCUAAAUCUUGAGUAAAAUAUACAUUACUGUCUGUUGCAGUUCAUUUUUGUUACAGUAACGUUUGUGGGUAU